GACAGCGAGUUGAGGGACGAGCUGUGGUUCAUCGAGUUUGGUAGGGGUGCGGCGCUGCCGUUGACGCCCGAAGAGGCCCCGGUGGACGGAGAGCCGAUCGUGCCCUGCGCACAGGGGAGAAUCGUUAUAGAAACAGCGCGGCCAGCGCCGCCCCAUUUUGCGACCUGCUCGACGUACCGGAGGCGGCCGAGGCUGCUGGGGGCUAACAGCGUGUCGAGUUUCGGGUACACGGACGGGGGCAAGGGAGCCGUACCGAGGGGUGCUACCCUCCCUCAAAGUCCCGCAGCCCGUCCCGAGGACCUAAGAGUGACCCCCUGGUACCUGGACGAGCCGCCAGGCACGCCCCUGGCCAACGACCACAGCGCGCACCCUCUCCUCCUCAUGCACCACGGGGACCGGGACUCGGGUCGGGGCGAGCUUUCCUCGACGCAGAACAGCAGCGUAGAAGGCGAGUUCCCGCGGCCCUCGGGAGCCCUGCAGCGGAAGGCCUACAUGGACUUGAGGGACGCAAUCGCGCUGCUCGACGAGACCUGCCCGAACCCGGAUGCCUCCGAACCUUCGCCCAGGACUCCGAGGACCCCGCUGACCCCACAUCCGAAGAGCAAGAGGGCCCGGUCGAAGAGCAGUGACAACUCGUCCAACUACAGCAACGAACGUCUCAGCGAAAAGUCGAUGGAUCCAUCGCGGAGUCAGGAGCGAGAGAAGAAACGACCCUUCCUGAGGAAGAUCGGGAUAUCGAAGACCGAGGACAGGCCGUUUUUGGCCAAGUUCGCGCCCAGGAUCAUCGGUAAACCUUAUCUCGAGAAAAUCGGGCCCAGCAAGGCGGUGGAGAGACCGUUUCUCGAGAAAAUUGGAUCCUCAAAGACCAUUGACAAGUUCACCUUCAAUCUUCCCGCGUCGAAGGUGCACUCCUCGACCUCUAAGAACCCGCCCGAGGAACCGGUCAGGUCGCCAGCGCCCAGGCUGGUCCCGAGGGACGCGAGGAUCUCGUUCAGGAAGCGGUCCGGCAAGGGUCAGCUGCAGAAAAUGUACUCCUUUGAGACCGAGGAUCUGAACAGUUUCAAGGGUUCGAUGAGCCCGAUGAAAAGCCCGCGGGAUCCGCUGCGAGGCGCCUCUCUCGACGACGUCCUCGAGUCGGGACCGAGCUCCCUGCCGCCGCUUGACGUCACCGAAGAGCCGAACGAAUUCCCAGAACCGGAGGUCAAGUCGCAGAGCGUCGCGGAGCUGGUAAAGUGCCGGAUAAUGUCCAGCGAGGAGAUCAUCUCCUCGAGCUCGUGCCUCAGCUCGCCCCAGGAGGCCGUCGGCUGGGGCAACUCGCCGAAGAGAAAAAAGGACGCGGCUUCGCGGACCCCAAACUCACCGACGAAGCGGCGGAUAUCCGCGGACUCGCCGGAGCCACCGACGAAGGAACUGGCAGUCUUGAAGCCCGGCGAAAGCUCGCCGACCAAGUCCAGGCACCCCGUCUUCGUUCAAGGAAGCGCGACGCUUCCGAAGCAAAAGGACUCCGAGUCCUCGAGACGGCAGAGGUCCGAGGACAUCUUGGACAAGAUGCAGGAUACCGGCCGAGGAAACGAUCGCGCGAACUUUGAGCGCCGCGGCAUAUCCUCCGACAACCUUAAACUCUCGAGGGAGAUGUUCAUCGCUGCGGCCUUUGACCCACCGUCGCGGUACCAGAGCCAGGACAUCUGCCAGCGGAGGAAGGAGACCGGGGGUAGCAGGAGAUCGGAAUUUCCCGUUUCGGAAAAGGAGACGUCGCGGGAAGCGUUCAAGCAGCUCCACAGCAAGUUCGAAGCUGGUGACGUAUCGCCGUCGGCGAUGAGCUGCUCCGUCAGGUCGAGGCUCCAGCUCUACCAGGGCGAAAGGACGGAGAACUCGACCUCGAACGAGCGCUCAGUCGAAGGCGAGGAGGAGGAGGCUCACGGUGAAGAGGGUAGAGCCAGGAUGACCGGACGAACGGUGCGCUCGGUACUGAGGAAGCAAAAGAGCAUCGACCAGCAGGGUGACGUUCAGGAGGGUGAAGCGAGAUCGUUGCGCAAGCCGAAGCGGCGGAUCUUCCACGAACCGAGCCAAGAGACGAUGGACCUUCUGACCGAGCUGCGGAGGGUGAAAAGCCUCUUGAAGACACCGUCGAUCGAGAAACUCGACAAGGCGGAGGAGAUGCAGCCCCACAGAUUCCCAAAGAAGGUCCUCCUUACCGACCGGGAGUUCUGCUUGUCCAUCGAGCGCGAGAACAGCCUGAGGAGGCCCAACUCAAACCCGGAACCGGAAGCGGAGGAUCUACAGCCCUGCACGCUUCCCGGACCCGCGCUCUUCGAGAAGAGGUGCUUGUCGCUGGAUUACGCCGACGAGGAGAAGCUGCCGAGGCCGGAAACGCGAGCGAUAUCGCUCGCCUCGGCCAGGAGUCCACCGUCCGAGACGGAGACCACGAAUUCUCUCGACUUUGGCCUGAUAUGCGACUCGAAGAGCUACUGCUCCGACGUCUUCAACACUCCGUCCGACGAGGUAGAGGCCUGCAAGGAGAAGACGCCAGAGGGGAUCGCGGAGAUCGACGCAUUCGGCGAUCAGAGUGAAGCGAAGCCUGACCGAAACCACUGCGCGGAAGUCGACAUCGCCAUUCCCAUCGAUCAGAAGGCCAGCCCCAGACGGAGGGUCCAGAUUCAGGCGAGGACGAGCGACCUCUACGAGAUCAUUUCCCCCAGGUCCACGCCGUUCAGGGUCAAGAAAAGACUGAGCAAGAUAUCAGUCGAGGAAACGAUGAAGCAGGAGAGUUUCACCAUCGGGAAAACCGCCGUCGACUGCAGGUCAAUCGUUGUGCAGAAGAGGAACAAGUGCUUACCGUUAUAACACUCGGUCAUUUUAACCGGCUGACGCGAUCGACGUCGUUCGUUUAAGGAUCGAUCCACCGAUGCCUCGGAAUCGAAAGUUAGGAAGAGAGCGAAAACCGUUUGAAAAAUCUCUAGUAGCGUCGUUUGUACCAAUGGUGGUUAACACGAGUAAGAAAAGUAUUUUUACUACGUGAUAUUAAUGAAUUUGAGCAGAGUCGAAUAACACAAGCCAAGGUAUCAAGUACUUGAGAAAAGGUUCAGAACCACCAAAAUGAUUACACACUACUCUUUUUUAACCAACUAUGAUGGUUUUUGGCUCAUUUUCUUCACCACAGAGAUCCUUGGUGACCGUUUUGAAAAUCUUACCAACUUCAGUUAUCUUCAGAGUGGAUAAAGUUCGACAGCAGUUUCAUCUUUGCGUUAUAACCGUGCCAUCAUUUAAGAUUUCUUAAAUGGUUUUCUGUUCGGCGAGUAAAAUGAGCUCAAACAUGUUGGAAUUGAAUUUUUGUUUAAAUCAGCAGAGUUUGAUCAUUUCGAACGUUCUAAUGACGAACCUUUUCUGAAAUUGUUGAUUACAUCUCGACUUGUGCUGUUCGAAUUUGCUCAGAGUCGCUUCUACGACACAGUAUGAAUAUCGUUCCGUUCGACUUCCCUAUCAAAGGCGAAAAUAACAGUGCUGGAGACUUUUCGAACGGCUUUUUUUCCUCUCCCAACUUUUGAUCUCGAAGGCUUCGGCACCGGCCAAAUUGUCUCGGCGUCGAAAUCGCCGUGCCGAGUUUGAGCUUCUCUAGCCGCUCUUCGUGCUCUUUAAUAAACACACGGGACCACACCGGAUGAAAACAGGUCAAGAAUUGUUACAGGUAGUCGAUGUGACGAUCGGGGUGAUGAUUCGAGUGCCGAUGAGGGAUCCCGAAAGUCAAAGUCGGUGAAUCGCGCCGAAUUGAAACCUCCGAUCCUCUCUACAGCCUCUGAGCAAAGAUCCAACUCCCGACGGAUUUGCGGUCUUGUAUUGAAUCGUAUAACACGAGCAUUGUUGUCUUGUUCAGCGUCUAGGUUCUUCUGCCUACGAUUUCACAGUGCCUCCGGUACCGAAAUUUCAACCAACUCACACCGACACGUUUUCUAAGUAAUCUGACGUUGAUCUCUCUGCAAGUUUUUCGGUUCUCUCUACAGCCAAGAGAACGAAUCACGGUGCUUUUUAAUUCUAAUCCUUGCGAAGCGUGAAAAGAAAGAAACAAGUCUGAAAGCCGAAACGAAGUAUUGGAAAGUUGAUUGAUAUCGGUUUCACAGUUUUCGUCGAUUUCUGCAGAAAGGGUUAAAAGACGGUGCUGUUGUCAAAUGGGAAUUAUACACCGAGCUGGUUUAUCGCUAAUAAUGAUACUUAAACUCUAUUUACAAGGGGUCCAAAGAAAUGUAUGCUCUUCUGUAUCCAUUGACAUUGUAUACAUUACAUGUAUUGUGUUCGUCUAAAUGUCUUAAUUGCCGAAUCGUACUGGCACGAUAUUGUAAUGCGUUGUUUAAUUGCGACGUUAAAGUUGAAUUGCACGCGUGUACGGAAAGUUUUUUCAAUCUUUUUCUAAUCUCGUCGCAAUUUUACCAUCAUUUUCACUCGCGCGAUUAAUAUUGUUGAUCGACAAUUUUGUACCCAUCUUUAAAAACGAAAAUAAACCAACACCACCUAAAUCGUUUACAUAACAAACAGUUAUCGUCAAUUUGUAAAAUUUCGAUACAACUUUAUCAGCAUUAUUUAUUACCAUUACACACUUCGUAUGUAAAAACAAAAAAUGUACACCGUGCACAAUGUAAUAUCGGAGCAAGUUGGACCAUUUUUUCGUAAACUGUUGUAUAGAAUAAUUAUUCGCGGCCGAAAAUUACAACCCUCUAAUGCGAGAGUUCUGUCGUCUUUUGGAAAGUCGUUUUUUAAAACUAUACAUAUAGGUAUAUACUUACAUUAUACAUAAAUAUAUUCGAAUGAUACGCCACGCGAUGUAUUACGUGUAUUUCAAUUAGUGUCUACGUAUAUUGAUAUAUAAUUCACGUAACUAAUACUCGAUGUCUUCGCGUAAAUUCACUGCGACGAAGUUUGCUAUAUGUAACAUAAUAAUAUUAAUAAUAAUAGUACAUGGGUAGGUAACGAUGAAAUAUUACGGAUUAUUUACACACAUAUAUGUAUAUAUAUAUAUAAUUAUUGUUAUACUGGAAUGUUGAAAUAUUAUAGAAGAUAAUAAUAGAUGACCAAUGUUACGUUGUACUUGGUUUAAAUUGUAUACCCAGUCAAUGAAUACGUUUGAAUUCGUCGCCCUGGUUGAAAAUUAUUCUCUGAAAAUUUCUCCGAAGAAAAAUCGAAGGACACAAAUGACUAAAUAGGAUUCCGAGUAACGUUUCGACAAAGAACGGAAAAAAUGCGAAAUCAAUUUUAAAAAUGUUAUGAAAUAAAAGAAAAAUCCAUCAAAAUUUACAGACAACAAUUUCACCAGAGAAUUCAUAAUUCUGGGUCGAAUGAAUAUUUAUUCGAUUAUCGAGUAACAUUCUAGGAUGAUGCGAAAUCGUUAGCCAUUAUGCGUAGAAGAAAAAAAACGUCCGCGAAGUAAUUUCCUGCAGAUAUUAUAACGAAUUACUAGUAAAUUUUAUACUUAUAUUUUAUUCUGUACACGUUAUGAAUAUUUUGUAAUCGGGAUACGUUGUAAACGAACAGAGAUAUUUUAAAGCACAAAGUUACGGGAUCCAAGGGGAAAAUAUUUUGCUCCUUGAAACCCAACAGAUACGUUAUACGACGGUACUUUAAUAAUCCGUGUUCUUUGAGGAUAACCUCCACCUAUCGUGCAGAAAGAAAUUGAAUUUUUAUACAAGGUAUGAUGAUUUUGAAACGAAGAAGAAGUGAUCAGAAUAAAGACCGCGAGAAGAAAGCUUGAAUUUUCAAAAGGUGACAGAAAUCCCUCAAUUUUACAACUGCACACAUACGUAGCCUAAAUUGUUGGUUUGAAUUAACGGAACCGUUCAGUUCUGUUUGUACGGAUAACUGAUUGAAGUUUAUUGUACAGAGACUUAUUCAAUAAUUUUCUUAUACAAUAUCGUAUAAGUAUUUUUUUAACACUAUAAUUAUAAUACUUUAGCCGUUUUUUCAACGACUGAAAGUCAAUGUCGGCAAUUCUAUCGAGAUCUGUCCAUCAUAUUAAGAUUGUAAACAUCUCUCGGGACUGAGAUUGCUGGAUUUUCAAUUUCAUACAACAAUUUAUUUCCAAAAUUUAGUUACGGGCUAAUUAAAACGUUCGAUUAAUUAUGUAAACUUUACCAAACUCCGAUUUCCUUUAUCUUUCUUCACAGUUUGUAAUGUUCUUACGUUUUUACACACGCACAUACGCACACACACUCCCACACUCAUUGCCAAAAUGAUAAAUCUAGCAAUUAAGGUCCUUUUGUCGAGCAGUGCCUUGUUCAUGGAUAUGUAUUAAACGUAAUACAAUUAACAUUAAUCUUGUUGAAAUGUCAUUAAACUCCGACGACAAGGAUUAUACAAUAUCCGUCAAAUAGCAAUAUUACGUAACGCACCGAUCAAGCAUUAGAAACUGUUUUUCCCUAAAACGAGUAAAAACCGUUCCAUAAUUUUUACGCCAUCGGAAGUCGACCAUGUAAAAACAACAAUAAGUAGACAAUUUUCUUCGCAUGAUUACCGUCGGAGUGGUGUAAGAUAUUUUAGCAACAAGAUACAUUAUUUAUACAUUAUAUACAUAUGUAAAGAACAUAACCGUUCCUCUUUUAAUUUUGUAGGUGUAUAAAUAUUUAAUACAUUGAUAUCUACGCAUAGAGACAGAUAUAAUCGUCAACGCGAUAAUAUAUGUAUCGCGUUAAGUUAAUCAUUAAUUACAACGUUGUACGAUAUAAUAUAUUAUAUCUAUAUAACUACAAAUAAACGUGAGAUAAUUGUAUACUAGAUAAUAUUCGUAAUAUAUUUACAUUUAGGUAUUAUUACAUACUUAAUGUACUGUAAACCUAGUUGACGAGAUGUGCCAAACAAAUACAAUUUAUUAUAUUAUAUUGUAUAUUGUAUGGAGUUGGUUGUAUGUAUUUGUAUUCUAUUAUAUGAAAAUACGCGCGAGUGUCAGUUAGCAGGACAUUUGAGCGUAUACUAAUAACAUAAAUAUUUGUUUCGCAAAUGGCUGUGCGUAUAACUAGGCAUUCGAUGCACCAUCUUUAUUUUAUACGUUAAUUAAACUUUCUCCUCAAAUAUGAUUCCCUGUCGGAGAAAUCACUGUCAUAUUUUUAACACAGGCAUGCAUUUACGUCCAUUGCUAUAAUUGAGAAAUCACUUUGUCUGUUCUUCUCACUCAUCGCCAAUCAUCAAUCACAAACUAUCUACUGGUUUUUCAUAUCUUUGAAUAACGAUGAAAUUUAUAGGGAAAUGAAUAACGUGUUGCAUCGAGCGCCUGAUGAAGCCAAAAUUGAAACGCCGCAUACAAUAUGUAUAUAUAAACAUAUACAUAGAUAGAUAGAUAGCAUAAAUCUAUUUUUUAUCAUAAUAGAUAUUCAAUAUUUUCGUUUCUCGCUGGCGAGACAUCAUUUAUAUUAUUUAAUCGUUUGUUAUAUAGGGUAAUAAUAAAGGUAAAUUCGUUAUUA